AAACUAUCCAAACUUAUUUUAAGGGUCACACUCCUGUAGUCCUGUCUUCCCGGUUCGCACUUUCCAGGGAAUGAUUUGUGUGGGAUGUGAUCGCUCUCACUUGUAGGCGUGUUCUUCUAUAAUUAAUUUUAGGUUACUAUGUUUGUGACGAGAAUUCAAAGAGAACCUUUGUCAAGAUUCCAUAACAGAUAAAAUCCUCUUUCACGAUCCGGGUGCAGGAGCAAUGGCCGCUGGCACUGCAACGUCACCGUCUUUACUGUUUUUUGCUACAAGUUAUUCAUUGUCCCUCUUAACUUCACCCCAUCUUGUCUCCGGCAAUGAACUUUCCUUAGCUGUGUCUCAGUCCAUCAAUUUGCAGCUUUCUCCUGCUUUGCCCGUGGAAAAUUCUCCUGGUGCUAAGCCUGGCACUAAAGUACUCUGCGAAAGAGUAGAAAUUCGUGGCCUGCCAAGGUUUAAAAACCUUGACAAAUAUGCCAAUUCUUGGACAGUCAACAUUUCAUAUGUUAGUCAAGGUGGCCGUCCAGCUAAUAUUGAUGUCUGUUUCCAUAGGAACCAUUCCCUUGGUAUAGGAAUGUGCCCUCAAGGACAAUGGGCUAAGCUAACAAAGAGGUCAUUGAUUAGAUCAUUGUCACCUUUUGGUCACAUGCUUGUGGAUUUCAGGAUAACUGGCUCUUCUAAGCAAACACUUCAGAUGUCCCUAAAUGAAGAAUUUGUUCUGUAUCGGAUUGUGUUUUUGGUACUGGGAGUACUUCUGAUGGUGGUGGCAUCAUCUCUUAGCAAGUCUCUUGUGUUCUACUAUAGUGGUGCUAUGAUUGUUGGGAUUUUCCUAGUGAUAUUAAUGGUCCUAUUCCAGGGGAUGAAGCUUCUUCCAACUGGUAGAAAGAAUUCAUUAGCCAUAUUCUUAUACUCAUCCUUUAUUGGUUUGGGCUCUUUCUUACUUCGCUAUGUGCCCGGACUAUUGCGCUUGGCACUUUCAGAGAUCGGUAUCGGUGAAGAAAUGUACAACCCUGUAUCUUGCAAUUUUUUUGCUCCUUUUCCUUGCAAUUGUUGGAUCUUGGUUGGGAUUUUGGGUUGUUCGCAAACUUGUGCUCAAUGAUGAAGGAUCAAUUGAUAUAGGAGUAUCUCAUUUUAUUGCCUGGUCAAUACGUGUUGUUUCCUCUGCUAUGAUUCUUCAGAGUACUUCAGAUAUUUUAUUGGCUGCUGAGGCAUUGGUAUGUGGGAUUCUUGUUUCAUCGAUAUCGAGGAAAAUUCUCCAUCCUAAAGUCAUACGCCAGAUAUACAAGAAAUCAUCAAGAAUGAUCACAAACAUUUGUGAAAUAUUUGUGGAUCUGUAUCCUCAACUAUACGUGGAGUCCUAUCCUCCCAAGACCCCCGACAGGCAUCGAGGUAGUUCAAACAGCAAGUCACCAAAGCCUUUGUCAGAAUCAGAGACUUUCUAUUCUUCAUUCCACAAAACGCCUGAACAGAGGAAAGUCUCCAAGGAUGAGUGGGAAAGACUCACACAACAGACUACAAAGAGGGCUUUGGAAGAGCUAGUCAGUUCUCCCGAUUUCGGCAAAUGGGCUGUUUCUCAUGCAGACCGGAUCACUUUGACACCCAAAGAGGCUACUACUAAUCGGCAGCGAAGGUGGCACCAUUGGCUUUGAGUUGCAUUUCACAUAUCAGUACUGUUGUAAAAAUAGUCUCUUACAGUUUUACAUCCACCUUCUACCUCAUAUUUUUCAGAACGACCAUUUUAUGUAACAUGCAAUGUUGAGGAAAACUAACGGGCUGUUUCGUGAGGAUUGUUGUGGCUCAAAUGAUGAGAUCUGUUUAAUUUUCUGAUAGUGAAAAAAGGAAUUGACAACA